AUGGGAUUGCUGGGAUUCUUCAGAGACUCACAGCAAGUCUCCAAACAAGAUCUGGCGGCAAUUGAGGAAGUUGUAGAGGUAUGCGAGCGUCAAUGCGGUGAUUGCGAUGCAGAAGAGGGUCAUGCAGCCAUCGAAAGCGAUGAGGCAAAAUUCGGAAAGCUAAAAAUUGAGCACGAUAAACCAUUGUACGGGUCAUCCAAGACCGCCAAAAUCCACUUUGUGGUGCCCACGUCGCAAACGGAUUGGGAGCACGACGCUUGUAGCGAGAAAAAGGGUUCUGUGCAAUACCAGAUAGCCGAAUGGAUAGACAAGCGUGGAUCGGACUUCAGUACCAAAGGCACAGGCGAGUCAAUCAAAUGUAACGUUUCGUCAUUGCCCAUUGAUGCCAUGGACAUCGACGUGAUGCGCGGCAUGAAAAACGACGUGCUUGUGCUGCCCCAUUUUCUGAGAAUCAAAGCUCUUGCGGCAUCGGAUGUGAAAGAUCAGCUCGAUGAACUGGUGCCCCUGCUUGUCGAGAACCAACGGGACCAGCUUCUGACGCGCUCCAAUAUCGAAGAAGCACGCGAAAACUCAUUUGUGUUUCUGUGCUCUCAUAAGACCCGCGAUAAGCGUUGUGGCAUCACAGCUCCAAUCUUGCAGAAGAUUUUCCAUCAAGAGCUCCAGCAACACGGUUUGUACCGAGACAACUCCGAUUUCCGACCAGGCGGAUGCGUUGUGGGCUUCGUAAACCAUGUAGGGGGCCACAAGUUUGCGGCAAACGUGAUCCUGUAUCUGAAAUCUUCCCACUCGCUUAUCUGGCUGGCCAGAGUCACUCCAAAAAACGUACCCGCCAUUGUUAAUCUCAUGAUAGUACCUGAAAAGCCUCAGCUCCCGUGGCCCGAAAAAGUUAGGUGUGUUGAGCAAUACGCCGCCUGGUGA